AUGACCGCUGGCCUCAGCAUCAAAUCGAUCGUCAUCUUCUUCGCCCCGAUUGUUCUACCACGCCUUUUAGUAGCAUAUCGUUCUUUCAAUGCAUCCGUCGCCUCUCCUUCCCCUUCAUACCUUACGCGCCCGAAAAAAAAUAUAUUCCAGCUCACUAAAUCGCGCAUCACAACCUCCACCGAUGUACUCUUCACUCGCCUCGCACGACUUCGGCCCAGCGAGACCCUGACCGUGGCUGAUGAGCUCCUCAAACAAGGCCUCACUUCGAUAAGCGCCCGCAAGAUCUACCUCGCCUUCGGUCCGGAUACCAUCACCAAGUGCGAGUUCUGCUCGAUCAAUACGCCGUCUACAUAUCUCUUCUUCUAUCUCCCAUUCCAGGUCCUUCUGCCGCACCUGGUGCAUGUUCUGAUCUUGUUGAUCGUGACAUCAAAGGCCCUCUCCGGCUCCGAAUGCACUCGCUGGCGAGGCAAGUUCACACUCGUUGCAUCUUUGGUGGCAUUCUGUGAUAUCUAUCUUGCGACGACUCAUGAUGCGCUGAACGGAGGGUCAGCCCUGGACAGAGCAGCCAAGAAUGCCCCCGUCAGCUAUGGCUAUUACUACAUCUCAACCUUGGCCCGACCCUUCAUCUUCGGUGUGUUUGACCUGGGCUGUGCUGCCAUCAUCUACCUCUCCUCCACGCACCGAUUCUUCUUCAAACAACCGUCGUCUUCAGAACAAUUGGACCAAGGGGUCUCCACGGCCCUGAAGAUGUUGAACGGUGUCCAGUCCAAGCUCCACGCCACAAGUGUCACCCGCAACGCGAUUGUGCGGGAUCGGUCGCUCAAGCAGCGCGAUGACGCAUACUGGCAGGCCAUCGCGGCGGUGGAGGACCGGACUCGAAGCGGGGGGGACGACCGCAGGGUCGGGGCAAGGGGGUUCAGGCGCAGGUGCAGGCGCGGGAACGGGUCCGAGUACAGUGGUGAACAAUAUCUGGGAAGAGCCGGAGGUAGUGCAGGCCAUGUCUAG